UAGUUUUGCUUGUUGGAAUUUUCAUGAACCACCGCAUUAUUUCCUCAAUAGAUCAGUAGUUCUCGCCAAAACAAGUAUUUAUUCAAGUCCUUCGUGGAAAAUUCAGUCUCUGCAUGGGCGACAUUUAAUGCACGUCCGCGACGUUCAUCAGAAUAAAGUGAAUAGCGUUUGCAUGCACUAUUUUGGGACCCCGAAUUAUUAACGACAUGGAUCCCAACCGAAUAAUUCAGGCUCUAAGAGGGACUAUCGAUCCAAAUAUGAGAAGAAGGGCCGAAGAUGAACUCAAUCAGUCCUACAAGAUCAUCAAUUUUGCACCAACUCUGCUUCAGAUCAUCACAUCAGAGCAGGUGGAGUUUCCAGUUCGGCAGGCAGCGGCUAUCUAUCUGAAGAACAUGAUUAGCCAGUACUGGCAGGACAGAGAGCCUUCCCUGGGAAAAGUAGUGUUUCCUUUCAAUAUUCAUGAAAAUGACCGCCAGCAGAUUAGAAACAACAUUGUUGAGGGGGUUAUCCGUUGUCCUGACUCCAUACGAGCCCAGCUGACCAUGUGUCUUCGAACGAUCAUCAAACACGAUUUCCCAGGACGCUGGACUAACAUAGUGGACAAGUUAAACUUGUACUUGCAGUCGAACAACAGUGCUAGCUGGUAUGGUAGCCUGCUCGCGCUUUACCAACUGGUCAAAACAUAUGAGUACAGGAAAGCUGACGAGAGGGAGCCGUUGCUUACGGCAAUGCAGAUAUUUCUCCCAAGGAUGCAGCAACUCAUCAUCCAGCUGCUAGCAGAUGCGACAGUCUUCUCGGUUCUAAUUCAAAAACAGAUUGUUAAAAUAUUCCAUUCUCUCAUACAGUACUCGCUGCCUCUUCAGCUGAUCAACAAUACAGUGAUGACACAAUGGAUGGAAAUCUUUCGAGCUAUAAUGGACCGUGAUGUUCCUGUUGAAACUUUGAAACUGGAUGAAGAUGACCGUCCAGAAUUAUCAUGGUGGAAAUGUAAGAAAUGGGCACUGCGCGUUAUUACCAGACUGUUCAAGCGGUAUGGAAGUCCGGGCAAUGUGACAAAAGAGUACUUGGAGUUUGCAGAUUUCUUCUUGACGACAUAUGCAGUGGGCUUACAGCAAGUCUUGUUGAAAGUAUUGGAUCAAUACAGACAGAAACAGUACGUUACUCCUCGAGUCCUCCAGCAGUCUCUUAACUACCUCAACCAGGGGCUUUCCCAUUCUCUGACAUGGAAACAGAUGAAGCCCAACAUGCAGACUAUUUGCCAGGAGGUGAUAUUCCCUCUUAUGUGUUAUAAAGAUGAGGACGAGCGUUUGUGGCAAGAAGACCCGUUUGAAUACAUCCGCAUGAAGUUUUACCUCUACGACGAUCACGCCCUUCCAGCCACCGCUGCGCAGAGCCUUUUGUGCAAUGCUGCGAGAAAGAGAAAGGAGGUUUUGCCUCAAAUGAUGGAGUUCUGCUGUCAAAUACUGAUGGAUCCCACAUGUGACUGCCGAAGGAAAGACGGAGCAUUGCACUGCAUCGGAGCACUCGCCGACCUACUACUCAAGAAGCAGAUUUACAAGGAGCAGUUGGAGUUGAUGCUGCAAAACUAUGUCUUCCCAUUGCUCAACUCUCGAUUGGGUUACUUGCGAGCCAGGUCGUGCUGGGUCCUCCACUGUUUCAGUCAGUUGAGUUUCCACAACGCGGUGGCUUUGAGGAACGCCGUGGAGUUAGUCCGGAAGGACCUGGUGGACGAAAAUGAAAUGCCAGUCAAGGUGGAGGCGGCCAUUGCUUUACAGUUGUUGGUCAGCAAUCAGGAAGAGGCAAAGCUAUACAUCCGGCCGUACGUCCGAGCCGUUAUGCAGGAGCUGCUACGCGUCGUCAAAGAGACGGAGAGUGACGAUUUGACAAACGUCAUUCAGAAAAUGAUCUGCGAGUACAGCGAAGAUGUUGCAGUCAUCGCUGUUGACAUGACACAGAACCUGGCGGAGAUCUUUAACAGGGUUCUUCAGAGCGAUGAAUAUGAGGAGGACGAGGACAAGACGGUCACGGCUCUUGGCAUUCUGAGCACCAUCGACACCAUUCUCACGGUUGCUGUGGACCACAAAGAGAUCACUCAACAACUGGAAGUUAUCUGUUUGCAGUUGAUUGGACUUGUCUUGCAGAAAUCUAUCAUAGAAUUCUAUGAGGAGAUUUUUUCUCUGGCAUUUGGACUUACGUGCCAGACCAUCUCCCCCCAGAUGUGGCAGCUGCUCAGCGUUCUAUAUGAGGUCUUUCAGCACGACUGCUUUGACUACUUCACUGAUAUGAUGCCACUUUUACAUAACUACGUCACAGUGGACACAGAUGUCUUCUUAUCCAACCCCAAGAACUUGGAGAUAAUCUUCAGGAUGUGCAAAAAGGUUCUGAUUGCAGAUUCGGAUGAAGAAGCAGAGUGUCAUGCUGCUAAACUCUUGGAAGUGAUUAUACUGCAGUGCAAAGGAAGAGGAAUAGACCAGUGCAUCCCUCUGUUUGUGGAGGCGGUACUAGAGCGUUUGACACGCGGCGUCAAAUCCAACAAGCUUCGGAUCGUGUGCCUGGAAGUGGCGAUCGCUGCUCUUUACUACAGUCCGGCUCUUCUCAUGCACACUUUGGAGAACGCGCACCUCUCCCAAAAUCAAAAGUCCGUCACCGCCCACUUCAUCAACCAGUGGAUGAACGACACAGAGUUCUUCCUCGGGCUCCAUGACCGUAAGCUGUGCAUCAUCGGCUUGACCGUGCUGAUGGAGCUUCCGAGCCGUCCGACGGCGCUGGAGAGUGUCGUCGAUCAAAUCCUUCCUUCAGUACUGCUGCUCUUUUUGGGCCUCAAACACUUGUCCGCUUCGCAUCACAUCAACAGAGCGGACCGGCUAACCCACUCGAAGGCUAUGGAUGAAGAUCAAAUCCAGGAGAUUCCCAGCGAUGAGGAUGAGGUGAAUGAGGAAUGCGGUGUCACGCAGCAGCAGUCCAGCGAGCCAAUGGGUCUCGGAGAUGAGAGUAAUGAUGAUGAUGACGAAGACUGGGAUGAGGGGAAUUGCUUUGAAGGAACACCACUGGAAGAAUACAGCACUCCCCUCGACUAUGACAACGGAGAAGACGAAUAUCAGUUCUUUGCAUCUGCUCUGCUAAGGGUGCAGAAUACAGAUGCGGCUUGGUACCAGUCUCUGACUGCCACCCUCAGUCAUGACCAGAAAGCCCAACUGCAGGAGAUUUACAGCAUCUCACAACAAAGAAGGAGUAAUGCCAGCAAAGGUCAAUAAUAAGGAACAUAGCUUUUUUCUGCUCAAUUUUUUAAUUGUGUAUACAUUCAAAGUAAUAUUGCCAAGUGAAUAAGAAAAUGACUGAAUUUUGAAUUGAGCAGGAAAAUGACUGCAUUUUGAACUGAGCAGGAGAAAGGUUUCUCAACAGUAUGUAUUCUAAUGUGUAUUAAUAAACAAGCUUCAAAACUUGUUCCUUUGUUAGCUGUUAGGCUAUGCUAGACUAAAGUAACGAGCGCCAAGACAGUUUAAAGAUUAUUAGUUUGAUAUGCCGGACAUGUCGUCAAAGCUUCGGUUUGGUUAAGUGACUGAAAUUGAGGAAAAAUAAGACUCAUAAAAAAAGAAACCUAAAUCAGUGAGAUACUGCACUUUUUAACUUUUGUGACCAAUCAAAAGGUGGCAAAGUUUAGGCCACCCCUAGAAUACGUCGCGAGUUGCUAAUCACUCACUGUUGCCGUGAUCGACCCGUCCUCCCAAAACCUGUCCCUUAUUUCUCCAAUUUUACUUUGUUCCUCAGCUUUUCUGUUAAAUACCCCAAAAUCAACUGGACGUGACCAGUAAAUGCCCCUAAGGGAUAAGGAAGUGGGCGAAAGUAAAAACGAAUUGACCUGUAAAUGCCUCGAAAUCAAUAGGAAGUGACCCAUAAAUCAACAGGAAAUGGUGUGAAAUGCCCCAAAAUGAACUCGAUUCCCAGCAUUGGCUGCCACUGAACGUCAGAGGUCCAAAUGCGAUCGAAGUGGGAGGGAUGGCAGUGAAUGAACGAACGUUCGUUUUCAAGUGCACCAUGAAAUUCGGCGGCUUAUUAGCCUAGCUGCUAACAAAGAGAACAAACGAAUUUUUGGGGAGCAAGAAACUAUCAAUGUCAGGUGCGGUUUGCUACAUAAGAACACAUACUGGAGGGGGGGAGCCUUAAUCUUGAUCAGAUGACAAAUGUCCUCCAAAUUUAUACACAAAACAAUAAUGAAUACAACUUGAACACAAAUGGAAAGUUAGUGUUUCUAAUUGGUUGAAAAAAAGUUUGUAUGCUUUUGUCUUAUUAGAUAAAUGAACUGCUGUACUUUAGUGUUGAAAUUGUGUUGUCAUGAAAUAUUUUGGUCACGUUUUGUCAUCUGGCAAAAUAAUACAAAAAUAUGGAUUAGGCCGAAUGUUGAAAAAUAUUUUAAAUAUACAGUUCAUUGACUGCAACAUAGUUAACAUUAACAAAUAUUGAGGAAAAUAGGAUUUUAUCAUGUAUAUGUCUGUGCUAACGGUUAGCUUAGCUUGAACGAUACAGUAUUUAUGAAGACUUACCGCUAUUAUGUUCCGCUAUUAAUUUGGAGUUAUUUUAUAUAUGUGUACAGUAUAUUCAUCUAUUUUUUGCCAUAAAUAUUUCCGACGUGAAAAGUUGUAGCGUCAUUUCACCACUAGAUGACGAUCUUGUACUUUGAACAUGCGCAAGACGUGUCAUUAAAAUUUUUUUAUGUGAUCAAAUUACUGGCAAACGUGUUUUACU